GAUACUUAUUUCCAACAUGGCGACCUUACUUAGCUUUGGUACUUCAAACAUUGGACAAAAAACUUCCAAUAAUUCUGAUAGCUGGCAAGAUGCAAACAGUGCCUUGUCAGAGCUUGACAAGGGACUACGAUCAAGUAAAGCUGGAGAACAGUGUGAGGCAAUAGUCAGAUUCCCAGAGUUAUUUGAGAAAUAUCCAUUUCCAAUUCUAAUCAAUUCUGCUCAGUUAAAGCUGGCCGAUGUCUUCCGCAUCGGGAGUAAUUUUUUGCGGCUUUGCAUUCUGAAGGUCAUUCAACAAAGUGACAAACAUCUGGACAAGAUUUUGAAUGUAGAUGAAUUCUUGAAGCGAAUUUACUCUGUCAUUCAUUCAAAUGAUCCAGUUGCAAGAGCCAUCACUGUUAGAGUUCUUGGUAGUAUUGCUUGUAUCGUCUCUGAAAGAAAAAAUGUCCACCACAGAGAAUUUGCCUCUGGUCUUUACAACAAAAUAGCACAACUUAUUGGAGGACUGAACACUCCUGUGGAAAUGAAGCUAAAGUUGAUAUCUAUUUUCAGACACAUGCAUUAUGACUUACAGCUGACUGCAAAGGUCCAUGAAUUAUGUUCCUCUCUCCUUUCUUCUCAUCCUAUGUGCCGUUUUGUUGUUGUCACCCUACACACUUUAUCCUGUCUUGCUGUAUCGUCUGUGAUCGACAUCCCUAAACAGACUGAGUUGUUACUGAAGUACCUAAUGCAAGAUCCAAGAAAAGUAGUUAAGAACCACACCCUUUCAGAUUUAAGGAUGCUGGCCAAGGGUGCACCACACAUGUGGAGAAUCCAGGAUAUUGAGGCUCUGUCAGAAUUUAUUCUGAGUAGCUGUUAUGAUAACCUUACAUUUUCUGCAUUGAGAACAAUGGUAACUCUAUCCAGAUCAGAAGCUGUAGAUCUGCUGAAGAGUGAAAAAGAUAAAGAGGACAGUGGCCUUUGUGAACAAGCGGCUGUCGCAUUGGAGAGUGGUGCUGUGGUCUGUUGUGUAAACAAUCAACUUCAGGCAUUGAAGGUUUGUUUGUCAUCAAUAAAUCGUUUGAUGAACAGUUAUCCUGAGGUGGCUCCCACUCUGGUUGAAAGUGUGUCCAGCUUGCUUCCAACUUCAUCUGGUGCCAUAGCGCUAGAGCUAUGUCAUGUGAUGGUCACUAUGGCAACACAGAUUCCAUCUGUACUUGCACCUUUAAGAAGUGAAAUUCUCUCACACUUUGCCAAAGUUGUCAUAAAUGCAGAUGAUGACAGCAAGGAAUCAAAAGAUCUAGUGGUUGGUAUGGCAACGUUAGUCUUACAGUCGUAUCAAAGUGUUGCGCACAAUGAGGACGAAACUUCAGUUGCAAACUUGGAAAAAAUGUUGCUGGAAAACCUGGGAAAAUUAACUACAACGUCAAGAUACUGGACCAUGUUCAGAGUUGGCAAGCAGGCCACAAGACUGGGUUUUCACAGCAUUGCAGCUAAAAUUUUUGGAAACCUGUCAUCUAAGGUGGCAUCUGAACACUUCUACUUCUGGUUAACUGCCUUGAAAUGUUUUUGUGAGGCAGAGAGUGUGCUGCGUGUCUCGUGUGAUAGUCAGCUGAUGUUAGCUAAACAGAUAGCGGAAGCUUGUGCCAAGUACCACAAAGGCAUUACAACCCUUAAGGUUUGUCUGCAUGUUAAGAUGGUGUUCUUGUCAUAUUAACUCUAAUUUUAAGUACUAGUGUAU